GUCACGUGAAAUCUAAUCUAGGGUUUAAAAUAGGUUUCUCAGAUGAAAAAACAAACACAUUCUCAACGCUUUCUUUUUCUUUUCUAUUCUUUCCCGUGCAUACGAAUUUUUUGGUACUUUUCUCUCUAAUCACUCAAAUCAAGGGUUAGGUUAAGAGAUGCGGAGGAACAGUCCAGGUUACUACAGUCCUCCACGGAGAGGAUACGGCGGUAGGGGUGGCGGUGGAGGUGGUGGUGGUAGGAGGGGAUAUGGUGGUGGUGGUGGAGGUGGUGGUAGACGUAGAGAAAGCAACAAUGGAAGUCUUUUGGUGAGGAACAUUCCUUUGGAUUGUAGACCUGAGGAGCUGAGAGCGCCGUUCGAGCGAUUUGGACCGGUUCGCGAUGUUUACAUACCGAAGGAUUAUUACUCUGGACAACCUCGAGGCUUUGCAUUCGUGCAGUUUGUGGAUGCAUAUGAGGCCUCUGAGGCGCAGUACCAUAUGGACAGACAAAUUUUUGCUGGAAGGGAAAUAUCUGUUGUUGUGGCUGCAGAGACAAGAAAAAGGCCAGAGGAGAUGCGUCAUAGGACUAGUAGGUCCAGAGGACCAGGAGGGAGCUAUGGAGGGCAAAGGUCUUCCUACCACGGGCGUUCUCGAUCUCGCUCAAUUUCCAGAUCAAGAUCACCUCCUUAUCACUCUGGUUCUAGAAACCGCUAUCGCUCAAGGUCCAGGUCCUUCUCUCCUGCCCCAAGAAGGCAAGGUGACUACUCUGUUUCUCCUAGAAGGCAUGCAGAACGCCCUAGAUCACCUAGAAGUCCUCCUAGAAGUCCUCCUGUGGAGCGAGAUGCAGAUCAUAAACGCAGGUCGUAUUCUCCUCUAGGUUAUGGCAAUGAUGUUGAUCAGAAUCAAAGCAAUGGAUAUGCUGAGAAAUCUGUGUACAAAUCUGAGGCGGAUAGAGGCCCGUGGAAGUCAUCAAGAUCACCCCCAGGAUCUAGAUCUAGAUCAAGAUCUGUUGAUUUGUCACCUAGACGUGGCAGAUGAGGUUGCACUGCAGGUUUAUUGGCAAUGCGCAUUUGGGCUUAUGUAUAAUUUCUUCAAUUUAUCAGAAACAUGUAGACUGCUUAAAAGUUUCGAAUUGUUGUGAUGGAUGGAUGUAUAAUCCUUAAGCUUGUUAUUGAAAUGUUAGCGUAUUAUGAUGGAUGGUUGUAUAAUCUUUAAACUUGGUAGUGAUGUGGGGCUUUUUGGACUUUGAACUUGUGUAAUACCUAUGUAACUGAUGAAUUGUUGAGGAUUUUAAGCUUUUAUUUUUCAUGUCAAA